GCCUACAAGCGCAGGAGCGCAGGAAACAAGCUCAGUCGACUGAUCGUUGAUCAGACAGAGGCGCGCGCGCAUAACACACCGUGCGGACACAAUCGACCGUUUUACGGCGGCACAAAAAUAAUUAAAUUAAAAAAUAAAUAAAAAUAAAAGAAGAUGAGUUUCACAAUGGACGCCGAGACAGAGGCUGAUGCCCUGAAUGCAAAAAUUAUCUCAAUGGUAUGCCUGUUCGGGAUAUCCAUGAUAACUGGCUGCUUGCCGUUGCUUAUAUCCCUGAAGUGGGACUGGUUCAAGACGGGAGACGCCAACCUACGUAACUCCAAUCAGCUGGUAAUGGGUUUACUGGCAUUCGGAGGGGGAAUCCUGUUCGCGACCACCUUCAUGCACUUGUUGCCCGAAGUUGAUGAAAACAUUGAACAUCUGCAAGAUGAAGGUGAACUUGGUGAGUUUCCAUUGUUCCUCGCCGGGCUGAUCAUGUGCGCCGGCUUCUUUAUGAUCUACUUAGUCGAAGAGUUGGUGCAUCUGUACAUCAACAGCCGAGAAAACAAGAAACGAAAUAACUCCUUCGCCAAGCCUUUCAAAAUGAGGAAGAGUUCGCUGACCUCUGGCAGGUCAAUUGAAGCGGCUACUGCUGCUGCAGAACUAAGUCAGAUGGAGGCUAAUGGAAAGAAAGGCGAGGAGAACCACUUGCCUCUGCAAGACCAUGAUUCUGUGGCAGGAGCACUCAGAGGUCUGCUCAUUGUGCUGGCUCUGUCCAUUCAUGAACUGUUCGAGGGUCUCGCUGUUGGUUUGGAGUCUUCUGUAGCCAACGUAUGGUACAUGUUCGCUGCAGUAUCUGCCCACAAGUACAUAAUCGCGUUCUGCAUCGGUGUGGAGCUGCUCGCGUCAGGCACGAAGCGAUGGCUGUCAGUGAUCUACAUCUUCACCUUCUCCUUCAUGUCAGCUCUUGGUAUUGGUAUUGGAAUCCUGCUGGUCGGUGGCGAGGGCGCUGAAGCCGGCGUCUAUUCCGUAGUGUUACAGGGUCUGGCGUGUGGUACCCUGGUGUACGUGGUGUUCUUCGAGGUAUGGAAGGGCUGCAACGGUCUCCUGCAGUUCUCUUGCGCUCUCUUCGGGUUCGCUGUAAUGGUCUGUCUGGAGCUCAUCGUCGAGCUUUUGAUGUGAGGAGACCACGACUAGUGCUGGAACGACGUGGAAUCAUUGAAAUUACCGAUAUAUUUAUAUUUAUACAUUUUCUACUUCGAAUAGUCACGUUUAGCAUGUAAAUUCAGUAAAUAGUUGACAAUUUAAUGUGACAUGUGUUCGUCUAAGCAGUAGUGGCUCGUCGGUAACAAAAUGUGUUCUACGUGACUAUACGAGGGUACGGAAGGUUGAUACCUAGUCAAAGCGAGUAUUACACAGUCCGUCAGUCGACUGAGUACUAAACAAUAUGGCCCAGUUAGUUCCUUGUUUAUUAUAUUGUAAGUAUGUAAAUAAUCGUUGUUUUUUUAAUAAAUAUU